AUGUGGGUUCAAGCAUCAAAAGGGGUGGGACUGGUUGACAGAUAUGGAAUACCUCUAUCUGAUUGGUAUAAGGAUGUUGAUCUUUUGUUGUUUGAAAAUUCAGAUGAGGAAAUACUACAGCCAAGUGGCAAUGAGCCUGAAUCUAUUGAUGCAGAUGAUGGAUCUCAUGCCAAGAGGGUUAUUAUGGCAGAAACUGAAGCUUCCAUUGAAAAAGAGAGAGUUAAUCUAGGCAUGGAAGAAAUCAGAAGGAAGACACUCCAAAUUGAUAGCAUGUCUGCAAAAGUUGAAGAGAUCAAAAAAGUUGAAGAAAUGGCACAGGAAACACCUAGACAGCAACAACGAGCUGCUGAAAAUGAACAAGAGCUUUGUCAUGUAAAGAAAGAUUUUGAGGUAUUGACAUCCUACCUUAGCAGUCACAUCAUUGUGAGAGAAACCACACUUUCCUCAGAAAAGCAAUUUCAAUCAAUGGAAAAGCUUUUCGAAAGAAGUACCAUUUUGAUGGAGUUAAUUGUGGUCGUUUAUGGGUUAAUUACCAAGAUUAUUCACUUAGAGGUGGAGAAAGUGCUAAAGGAGGCUGAAGUUCAAAAUCUUAUGAAAGAGAAUGUCAGGCUAACUGCUAUGCUUGAUAAGGAGGAGGCGCAAUUGCUAGCUGUGAAUGACCAGUUAAAGUUCAUGUAG